AUGGCCGCCAACGCCCUGAAACCGCACAGCGACCCCAAGGAGGCGCCGUCCGACGGAUCGACACCACGCGGGCGCACCGGCGACGCCGGCGGGCCCGCCGACGGCCGCUCCGAGCCGGGCGGCACGGGCGGCGACGGCGGCGACCGGCCGAUGGAGCAGCUGCGUGCAGAAUGGGCCCGCGACGCGUUCCCGAUGUUUUUCAACCGCUGGGUGUGCGACGCGUGGUUCGGCGCGCUGCGGCACGCGUGCUCCGAGUCCGGCCCGAACCCGCGCCUGCACGACAAGUUCGAGGAGAUCGAGGAGAAGGCCUCGGAGCGCAUGGUCGAGGUGACGGAGCGGCACUUCGACAGCGUGCGGUCGCCGCGCGACGUGACGCACCUGCUCUUCUGCGCCCUGCACCUCGGGACGUACCACGCGCUCACCACGACGGGCGUUCCGCAGCGCGAGGCGCUCGACGUCCUCGACGGGCUCUCCGGCGGCGCGGGCGAGCGCGCCACCACCUUUGCCAGCCAGUUCUCCACGUGGAUGGCCAGCUGGCUGUCAGACUCCUACACGCACGUGUCGCGGCAGCUCGCGCGGAUGGCGACGGACUACGGGGAGGGCAUGGGCUGCGAGAUCGAGUCCAGCGACGCCGCGCCGGGGCGGGGGGAGUCGACCACGCUCCGGGUGGGGUCCUGUUUCUACCGGAGGGUGUUUUCCGAAUGGGACGCCGAGCUCCUACUGCAGUUCGUGUGCUGCCGGAGGGACAGCUCGUACUACCAGGGGCUCGAGCGCUUCGGCGUGGGGUUCGAGCGCACCUCCGGGGGUGUGGGCGCAGGGAGCUGCUGCAUGCGAGUGUUCCGGAAGGCCGGUGCGCCGCCGGACCGCGGCGAGGGAGAGUGA